AUGCCACCUGUUCAAAAGAAGGCCCGGUUGGAUCGUGGCGAUGGAGCCGACGCCGAAGCCCCUGCUACGGAAGUGAUUCAUCCAGAUGGAGAUAUCGUCUUUGUCGUAGGAGCGAAGCAAAAGCAAGUCUUGGUCCAUUCCGCAGUUUUAACAACUGCAUCUGAGGUCUUCUCUGCGCUGCUCAGUGAUCGAUUCCACGAGGGUCAGCAACACCGAAGCGCAGGCAGUCCUGCCAUGAUCCCUUUACCGGAUGACGAUGAGGACGCCACGAUUCAAAUGCUUUGUCUCCUCCAUCCUGGGCCUUCAUACGACCUCGUUGACUUCUGGCCCGCUCAGCUAUUCCGACUUGCGUCGGUGAUCGAUAAAUAUUGCUGCAAGUAUGCAUUGGACCUGCAAGUUGAAGCACUGUUGCUGCGCCUAUACAAGACCUGGAAGAAGGACCGGACCGGGUGGCACAAUGACCUUGGUGCCCUUGCAACAGCUGCUUAUAUGCUGGAGCAGUCUAGCUGCUUCCAAAUGUUCACAGCCGAGUUAGUGCUGGUUUAUCCUAGCUCAUACUCAGCUCUGAGUAGGCCUGACAUUACGCCUGGCGCCAAGCUUCCUGUAAAUGCACUGCUCGCCCUCGAAGAGAUCCGCGGAAGCCUGAGACUUCUGCUGCAAUCCGACCUUGAAGCGAAGGCAGUUGAACACCUAGACGCCCGACGCGAUACUUCGCCAAAUGGUAGUGUCGCUUCGCGGACCGACGUGCUCUUCCAUCAAGGGAUUUCCCAAUGGCCUCCUGCGUGGUACACUGAAUCGAGCUUGUCUUUGUGGGAGAUCCUGGACUGUGUCCAAAACCCUGAGGGGCCGAGCCGGCAAUGUCCAUGCGGAAGACACUGCGAGGGUGUAACGCAAUUGCAAGUUGCAGCCAAAGCUUUCGAGGAGUCUUUCAAGGGGCUUUGCUUGAAGUGUGUUCGCGAGGAUACCAUCGACAAUGCCGAUCUACUCGAUCAAUGCGCCUGGCGCUUCACUCCUCCACGGGAAGAUGCUUGUAGGAACAAAGAGCACGCAGGCUGA